AUGCCUUUCACUGCCGAAAUCGAGCAAGAUGCUCCGCCAAAGAGAUUCUCAAUGCCUUCAUUCGUUCAUUUCAAGGGGGAUUCCGAUCCCAAAAGCCAUCUAAAGCAGUUCAAAAGUGCCAUGAUCUUCUACAAGGCCAACGACGCGCUGAUGUGCAAGGUGUUUGCAAUGACCUUGUUAGAAGCAGCCCAAGACUGGUUCUACACCCUGCCAUCUGGGUCGAUCAGCAGUUUUAAGGAGCUAGCUUACGUCUUCACCAAAGAAUACACUUCUUAUCGGACGAUCAAGAAGAACCCUAACCACUUGUUCAACCUGCGAAAGAAGUACGAUGAAUCCCUCCGAGAUUACAUCAAGAGGUUCAAAGCAGAAAGGGCAAACAUCAUUAGAUGUGACGAUCGAAUCGCGUCAUCGGCCUUCAAAAGGGGUUUGCCAAUUGAAUGUGAGUUGUAUCGCGAGUUGACCAUCUCUCCCUACCAAACACUAGUAGAAGUCUUCGCGACAGCAGAGCGCUCUGCACUUUGGGAAGAUGACUGGAUCGCCGUGAAGAAAGCUGCCAAGCAAGCCGAUCAACUAGCUGAGGAGGCAAAAGUUGCCAAGAAAGCUGCCAAGCAAGUCAAUCAACUGGUUGAGCAGGCAAGCCAAAGAAACGGCAUGAUAAAAGACAAGGAUGGAGACAAGCGCAGAUUACAGCCUCAGGGAGGUGCUCCAACAGCUGAGAGCUACACCAAAUUCACUAUCCCGAUAGAGCAGAUCCUAGCCCAAGUAAAGAACAUGCCUUGGUUGAAGAAACCAUUGCAUUUGAAGGGAAACCCAGCCAAGAAGGAUACUAGUAGAUACUGUGAAUUCCAUGAAGGGCACGGUCAUUACACAAAUGACUAUUUCGCUUGGAAAAAGCACCUUGAAGAACUGGUCGGAGACGGCCAUUGCAAAGAAUUCAUCGCAAGAGGGGUUAUCCAUCAAAUCAAAGAUCGCGACGUAGCUACCAACGAACCUCCACAAAAAAAGUCAUACGGAUCCGCACGAUCCUAG